AUUCACUCUCCACUCUUGUACACUCCCACAUUUUAAUCACUCUGCUCCUUGCCGUUGGUUUCCUCGGAGAUCAGCCGCCGCAGCACCUCCCAUGGCUUCGAUUGUGGAAUCUGGUUGGCGGUACCUAAUCACACAUUUCAGUGAUUUCCAGCUGGCAUGUCUGGGAAGUUUCUUGCUUCAUGAAAGUGUAUUUUUCUUGUCUGGGCUUCCAUUUAUAUUUCUGGAAAGGGCUGGGCUGCUGAGCAAGUACAAGAUUCAGACAAAAAACAACAGCCUUGCUGCUCAGGAGAAAUGUAUCACUCGACUGUUGCUUUAUCAUUUUUGUGUCAAUCUACCAGUUAUGAUUGUCUCCUAUCCUGUCUUCAGAUACAUGGGCAUGCGAAGUAGUUUUCCAUUGCCGUCCUGGAAAGUUGUUUCAACUCAGAUAAUAUUCUACUUCAUCCUGGAGGAUUUUGUCUUUUACUGGGGACAUCGUGUUUUACAUACAAAAUGGUUGUAUAAACAUGUGCACAGUGUUCACCAUGAAUAUGCUACACCAUUUGGACUGACAUCUGAGUAUGCACACCCUGCUGAGAUAUUGUUCCUUGGCUUUGCUACAAUCAUUGGUCCUGCCAUAACUGGGCCACAUCUGAUAACUCUUUGGUUGUGGAUGGUGCUUAGAGUCCUGGAGACAGUUGAGGCACAUUGUGGCUACCAUUUCCCAUGGAGCCUCUCAAACUUUCUGCCUCUCUAUGGAGGUGCUGAUUUUCAUGACUACCAUCACCGCUUGCUAUAUACCAAAUCUGGCAACUAUUCAUCUACAUUUGUUUACAUGGACUGGGUAUUUGGUACCGAUAAGGGUUACAGAAAAUUGAAGGCGCUGAAGAAAAUGGGAGUCGAAGAAGACAGCAAGCAAACAUAAAAGAUAGACUAAUCGUUUUCAUGAGCUAGGCAUGAGAAGAAAGAAGGGAGUCCUGAUUUAGAGCAUCCUGGAAAAGGUCUCCCUGGUUCAUCUUGUGUGCAACCCACCUUUUUGUGUUUAAUUGUUGUUGAUGUGAUAAUGUGGAAUCAUUGGAUAGAUUUCUUUGGUACAUUUUGCAAUCCUCCCUUUUCCUUGCAUGAAUGAAGCUGCUGUCCUAUUCUAGGCUAAUUUCUUAUCAACCAUCUUGAAGAUUCCUCUCUGUGUCUCGUCUAUUUGAUCUCAAAAUGGUGAAUGAGAUACUGUAAUCAGCAUUCGUUUUGUCAGAUUGAUUUCAAAACUCUUCUCAAGUUCAACUGAUAGUGGUGAAAAUGAAGUUGGGUCGGAUUCAGGUCCCCGAUUUGACAUGUAUUCGGGUUUUCCAUUAUGUCCGAGGCCUCCCACUAAACUCAUCUGAAUUUAUUUGUUGUUUGAGCAUCUUUCCCUUAUGCCUCCAAAUCCUUCUUGACCCCAGAUCCAUAUCCUUUGAUUUUGAUGUAAUACAACAUUUUAUAUCUUUCCCUAGAAUCAAAAAGUGAAUUCCAU